CCGGCGGCCUGUGGUGGCUCCGCCGCAGCUGCCGUCUGGCUGUGACCUUCACGGGGGCGGGAGCCGCUGCGAGGCCCCCGAAAUGGGAGUUCCGUGGGUGGGUUUACAGUGAGCUGUCCUGCCUUCCGUGGAAUCACACCAUGCCUGAGAGCUGGCCGUGCGGUGGAUCUGUGUAGCCUGUGUUGGAGGAAGGAGGGUAGGGGCCAGUGGAUAAGUCAAGUACGUUGGUUCUAGCUGUCCUGGAGAAAACUGGUCACCAGGAGGCAGCUGUAUGAUGAUCACACUGAGGAGCUGGGAGGAGGGGUGAACUGACUCCUGCUUCUAGUACGAGAAAGUUACACCUGUAUUCAGGGCCUGGCCCAGCGGUAAACCUCCCACCUGCAGUGCCCGCAUCCCGUAUGGGCACCAGUUCAAGUCCCAGCUGCUCCUCUUCCGAUCCAGCUCUCUGCUGUGGCCUGGGAAAGCAGUGGAGGAUGGCCCAAAUACUUGGGCCCUUGCACCUGUGUGGGAGACCUGGAAGAAGCUCCUGGCUCCUGGCUUCAGAUCAGCGCAGCUCUGGCCAUGGCAGUCAUUUGAGGAGUGAACCAGCGGAUGGAAGAUUUAUCUCUUUUACCUGUCUCUAUAACUUUUUCAAAUAAAAAAUAAAAUCUUAAAAAAAAAACCCUGUAUUCAGCAUGGAAGCCGAGGUAGCAGAAAAUUAGAACUCACUGCCACAGGCAUGCCUAUAAUUAAUCGAUUAUGAUAUGUGGCGAUCUCGGACAGACAAUCCUAUGUCCCUGCCGUGUGUGUUCCUGCGUCUGUCAUUACCAUCACUGGCGAUAGCCUGCUCCGUCACACAUUCAUUCGUGUGCCUUCAGGACCCAGUGACCUUGGAGGAUGUGGCUGUGACUUUCACCCCAGAGGAGUGGGCUUUGCUGGAUCCUUCUGAGAAGAAUCUCUACAGGGAUGUGAUGCGAGAAACCAUCAGGAACCUGGCUGCUGUAGGAAUAAAAUGGAAAGACCAGGACCUGGAUGAUGAGCACAGAAAUCUUGGGAGAAACCUAAGAAGUCUCCCAGGAGAGGGGCUCUCUGAAAGUCAGGAUGACCAGCAACGCCCAGAAACCUUCAGCCCGAUUCUCCAUCAGCAUCUGCACGUGAAAACUUCUGCCGGAGUGAACGCCUGCCAAGGCGGUACGUGGGAAGGCUUCACCGGUCAUUCGGCCCUCCAUGGGCACAAGAAGACAGACACUGGACGCCCGCCAUGUGAAACUCAGAAAGAGGAAGAAACACCCGGAGAGAAGGAACGCGGGAGAGCCGUGCGUGGUCAGCUGUGCUGUGACGUUCCUGAAAGGACGCACGCUGGAGAGAAACCCUACCAAUGUAAGGGGCGUGGGCAGAGCUUCCGUUGUCCCAGCUCUUUUGAAAACCACAAGAGGUCACGCGCUGGAGAAAAACCCUGCAAGUGUACAGCACGUGACAGGGCCUUUGAUUGUGCCGGUAAAGUUCAAGGGCACGGUCGGACUCCGAGCCUCCAGGACGCGCGCUCCGAGUGCGCCGAGUGCGGGAAGACCUUCAUCUCCCUGGCCAUGUUUCGCCGGCACAUGCUCACUCACACCGGCGAGGGGCCUUACAAAUGCGGCCAGUGCGGGAAAACGUUCAUCUGCGCCAGCUCGUUCCAGAUCCACGAGCGGUACCACACGGGCGAGAAGCUGCACCAGUGCCAGCAGUGCGGCAAGGCCUUCAGCCUGUCCAGCUCCUUUGAGAAACACAGACGGACGCACACGGGAGAGAAGCCACACGGAUGCACGAAAUGCGGCAAAGCCUUCACGUCGUCCAGUUCCCUCCAAAGACACAAGAAGACCCACACCGGGGAGAAGCCCUACGAGUGCAAGAGGUGCGGCAAAGCCUUCAGCCGCUCCAUCUACCUGCACAUGCACGCGCGGACGCACACCGGGGAGAAGCCGUACGAGUGCCAGCGGUGUGGCAAGGCCUUCAGCUGCUCCCGAAACUUCCGGAUCCACGAGCGCACGCACACGGGGGAGAAGCCCUAUGGCUGCAAGCGGUGCGGGAAGACCUUCAAUUGUCCCAGUUCUUUCCAAAGGCACGAGAGGACUCACACCGGGGAGAAGCCCUACGAGUGCACGAAAUGCGGGAAAGCCUUCAGCCGAUGCAGCAGCUUCCGGAUCCACGAGCGGACGCACAGCCGCCAGGACGCGCGCUCGGAGUGCGCCGAGUGCGGGAAGACCUUCAUCUCCCUGGCCAUGUUUCGCCGGCACAUGCUUACACACACCGGCGAGGGGCCUUACAAAUGCGGCCAGUGCGGGAAAACGUUCAUCUGCGCCAGCUCGUUCCAGAUCCACGAGCGGUACCACACGGGCGAGAAGCUGCAUCAGUGCCAGCAGUGCGGCAAGGCCUUCAGCCGCUCCAGUUCCUUCCGAAUCCACGAACGGACCCACACGGGGGAGAAGCCCUAUGCGUGCAAGCAGUGCGGGAAAGCCUUCACGUCGUCCAGUUCCCUCCAAAGACACGAAAAGACCCACACCGGGGAGAAGCCCUAUGAGUGCAAGACAUGUGGCAAAGCCUUCAGCCGCUCCAGCUACCUGCACGUGCACGCGCGGACGCACACUGGAGAGAAGCCAUAUAAAUGUCAGGAGUGUGGGAAAGCCUUUAGUUACCUGCAGUCAUUUAGAAAACAUGAACGGAAUCACAGAGAAAAACACUAUAAAUGUAAGGAAUGUGGGAAGACUUUCCCUUACCGCCAGUCUGUUCUCAGACAUGAGAGGACCCACACAGGUGAAAAACCCUAUGAAUGCAAAGAAUGCGGGAAGACGUUCAGUACUCUGACAGGCCUGCAAAUACACGAAAGGACGCACACUGGAGAGAAACCGUACACAUGUAAAGAGUGCGGGAAGGCCUUCAUUUACUUCUCCAGCUUUCGAAGACAUGUGAUCAUGCACACUGGGGAUGGACCGUAUAAAUGCGAGGCGUGUGGGAAAGCCUUCAAUUGUCCCAGUUCAUUUCGGAUACACGAAAGGACUCACACUAGAGAGAAACCGUACCAGUGUAACCUGUGUGGCAAAGCCUUCAGUUGGCCUGGUUCCUUUCAAAUACAUACGAGAACUCACACUGGAGAGAGACCCUACAAGUGUAAGGAGUGUGGGAAAGCCUUCAUUUAUCACACUACCUUUCAAGGACACAUGAGCAUUCACACUGGAGAGAAACCGUAUAAAUGUGAACAGUGCAGGAAAGCCUUCAUUUCUCUUGCAGGUUUUCGAAAACAUGUAGUACUGCAUGUCGGAGGUGGACCUCAUACAUGUGCGGAGUGUGGAAAAACAUUUAACUCUCCCAGGUCAUUUCAGAUUCAUAAAACUACUCAAGGAUAGAAGCCCUAUGAACAUAAACAGUGUGGGAAAGCCUCCAUUUGCUGGAUGACUUUUCGGGGACACAGGAGAAUGCAGACUGCAGAGAAAUCCCUUGAAUGUAAAGGAUGUGGAAAAGCCUCCAGUCAUUGAGAGUCAUUUCUGAAGCAGUGCAAGAACAUCAUGGCACAAAACCUCUCAAAUAAGCCCAGUUCCUGAAGGUUUCCUGCAUCACAUCUCUGAAGGAUCCAGCAAAGACCACUCCUCUGGGUGAAGUUCACAACCACAUCCUCCAAGGCCACUGAGUCCUAAGACAUCUCAGGGGAGGAUGAGUGAGAUUGGCAGAAAUUGGAAUGCCCAUUGGGAAAUUCACAUGGAAUCUCAAGCCACCCUGGAAAGGAACAAAGUUGAAAGUCUCUUCUUGAUCUCAAAACUUACUCAGAGUUACAGUAAUCAAAGCUCUGCGACUGGCAUAACCAAUGGAAAAGAAGAGAGAGCCCAGAGACACCCCUUCACACAUGUGAUAAGAUUUUGAACAAUGUGCCAGGACAUUCAGUGGGAAAAGUGCUGAUAAAAUGGAGUACUCACAUGCUGAAGUCUAGAGCUGGAUCCUUACCUGGCUUACACUAUCUAUAAAAAUAAAACCAGCAUUGGCACAGUGAUUCAGGACAGUGCUUGGGAAUUGCAGAGUUCAAGUCCCUGCCCCUGGCCACACUGGGCAGCAGCAGUGAUGGGAGACCCAGACUGAAUUCUGUGCUCCUGAUUUUGGGUUGGACCAGCCCCAGGCGUUAAGGCCAUUAGAGGAAUAAACCUCUGUGUGUCUGUGCCUUUCAAAUAAAAUGAAAAUAACAAUUUAUUAAGAGCAUGAACUAAGGGGCUGGUCUUUUGGUACCACAGGUUAGCUACUCUGCUUCCAAUCCAGCUCCUGUUGAUGGGCCCAGGAAGGCAGUGGAAGACGGCCAAAUACUUGAGUCCCUGCCACCUAUGUGAGAGACCCAGAUGGCAUUCCUGGCUCAGCCCUGACUGUUGCAGCCACUUAGGGGAGUGAACCAGUGGGUGGAAGGUGUCCCUUUCUCUGUCACUGUGCCUGUCACAUGAAUAAUUUUUUUUAAGAUUGUAUUUAUUUAUUUGACAGAGUUAGAGAGAGAAAGGUCUUCCUUUUCCGUUGGUUCACUCCCCCAAAUGGCUGCCACAGCUGGCGCUACACCAAUCCAAAGCCAAGAGCCAGGUGCCUCCUGGUCUCCCAUGCGGGUGCAGGUGCCCAAGCACUUGGGCCACAGCAGAGAGCUGGACUGGAAGAGGAGCAACUGGGACUAGAACCCAGCACCCAUAUGGGAUGCUGGCGCCGCAGGCAGAGGAUUAACCAAGUGAGCCAUGGAGCCAGCCCCGACAUGAAUAAUUUUUUUAAAGGACUAUGAAAUCCAAAUUUAUCAAAGAUAAAAGUAAAGCUAAACCUAAACAACUCUUACAGGAAAAUACAGGGCAGGGAUUGGUGUGCCACAGUGGGUUAAGCUGCUGCCUGCAAUGCCAGCAUCCCUUAUGAGCGCCAGUUCAAGUCCCAGCUGCUCCACUUCCAGUCCAGCUCCUUGCUAACGUGCAUGGGAAGGCAGCAGGUGAUGGCCCAAGUACUUGUGGCCCUGCCAUCCCUGAGGGAAACCCAGAUGGAUCUCUUGGCUCCUGGCUUCAGCCUGGCCCAGCCCAUGCCAUAUCUGUCAUUCUGCAUUUUAAAUUCAUAACAUCUUAAAAAAUAAAAAUUAUACUGAACUGGCAUAAUUAUUUUUUUAAAAAGAAAAUAUAGUGCAAAAGUUUAUUAGCACUGGAUUUGGCGAUGCAGAAACUCAGUCAACAAAGGGACAUACUCAGGUCUGACCUCAUCAAAAUGAAAACCUUAUAUUCCUCAGGGCCUGCUAUCAACAUAAUAAAAAGGUAGCCCAUGGACAAAUUAUAGAAAAUUAGUGCAAAUCAUAUACUUGGCAAGAUGCUAAUAGCAAGAACAUCCAACAGAGUCACACACCCUGUACAAUGAAGACACCUGAUAAAUGAGCUACUAUAAGGCAUCU